UCACAACUGAGUACUGAUCUCUGUUCCUAUCUACUACGUAGUACGUACUAACAAUGGAUCCCACUCAAUCGAUCUCUGAACAUCGCCGGCUCAAUGAUUUUGAAAUAAAACUCAUCCAAUACAUUGAAACCCACCAAAGCAAAGGUCGUGGACUCGUGGAUUUCGACAAAUCCUUCUGGAUCGACGCCGCCACAGAGAUGGCCAAGCAGGGUACACCAACAACUGCUGAUGCCUGCCAGUCCUCAUGGACGGAGAUCCACCAUGUCGUCGAAAAGUGGGCAGAUGGACUCCCUGGUCUACGUUACACUCCUGGAUAUAGAACUGGUGUUACAACUCAGUCAGAGGCCAUCCGGGCCAAGUCUAUGAAGAACCAUCCCCAAGCCAAGCCAUUAGGCCAUGAAACAGUGCAGAACCUCAUCUCAAGUAACAACUUGAAAAAUGUUUCCCCCCCAUCCACACGCCGCAAGAACGUUUUCGAUGACAUUCUCAAUCCAACUACCAUCGACUGCAGUAAUAGCGAAUCAGACGAUGAAGACAUAUACGUGCCAUCAGUGUCAGUUUCCGCAUCUCAACGCGCAGCCUCUCUCCACGCUUUUGAGCAGUUAGGCGAGAGUCUCAAACAACUUAUCUCCGCCCUCGAGUACACUCCAGAAACGAGCUCUUUUGAUUUAAUCCCACUCCGUAAACAAAGAGCCAUCGUACAGGUACAAAAGGAGGAUCUACAGGAUGAUGAGAUCCUCUCCUUGAUCCAUCUGUUCCAAGGUGAUGUUAAGAUUGCUGAUUCUUACCUUGCAAUCGAAAGAGAUGGUGUUCGGAAGUUGUUUUUAGCGUCUUACUUGAAGAAGUAGCGCCUUACGACUUGCUAUAUGAACCCCAAAUGAAUGACGUCUGUAUGUGUACUACCUCACGAAUAUCAUAGACUUCGAAUUAUCACAAGGCUACGCGACCAGGUAAAAAAUAUUCAUCUCAUCAAAAGUAAUUACAAGGAUGCGCAGAGUAGACGGAUCAUUUCAGGGAAAUAUAUAACUGUUUCCACCGGCGAGAUCACCCGGUUUUCUCAAGUAGGCCGAAC